AAGAACUACGCCCUGAUGAAGGUCGCAGAAUGGCGACCGAAACGUUGGCAUCUGUGUCCUAGACGCGGCGUGUCUCGGAUAGUCAAGUAUUUGUAAUAAUUUUGCGUCUGAUCCUGAAUCUCUGAAAAGCGAGAACCUAGCGGUCAUUGGAAGAACUUUACUGUCAAAUUUAGAAUUACAUCGUUCGGGUAGUUUCCACUGGAUGCUAUAAGCGCUACUCAUGCGCUGCUCUUCUGCUCAUGCGCUGGAAGUCACAACAGAUUGUGUUGCUCUCUAGUGGAGGAAGUCAGACGCAUUUUGUCAAUAAGAGGCUGUGUUAAGGUAAGGUGAAUUUUGUAGUAAAUAUAUGCGAUAAUGGCUGAUAAUGAACAAAAAGCACUUCAGCUUAUUGCUGAAGCACAAAAGAAGCUUACUUCAUCUAAAGGAUUCUUCGGAUCACUUUUUGGAGGUUCAUCCAAAGUUGAGGAAGCUGUAGAAUGUUACCAACGAGCAGCAAAUAUGUUCAAAAUGGCCAAAAAAUGGGGUUCUGCAGGUCAAGCUUUCACACAUGCUGCAGAAUUACAUGGCAAAGCUGGAAGUAGGCAUGAUGCUGCUACCAACUAUGUGGAUGCUGCCAAUUGCUUCAAGAAAUCAGACCCAGAGGAGGCUGUGAGUAGUUUAUUAAAAGCUAUUGAAAUCUACACUGACAUGGGAAGAUUUACAAUGGCAGCAAAACACCACCAAUCCAUUGCAGAAAUUUAUGAAACAGAAGCAGUGGAUUUGGAAAGAUCUGUUCAGCAUUAUGAGCAGGCAGCAGAUUAUUUCAGAGGAGAGGAAAGUAAUUCCUCUGCAAAUAAAUGUCUCUUGAAAGUGGCCCAGUAUGCUGCCCAGCUUGAAAACUAUGAGAAAGCUAUCCAGAUUUAUGAGCAGGUGGCCUCAUCUUCACUCGAGAGUUCUCUUCUAAAAUACAGUGCCAAGGAGUACUUCUUCAGAGCUGCAUUGUGCCACUUGUGUGUGGAUGUACUUAAUGCACAGCAUGCUUUGGAGCGUUACCAGGAGUUAUAUCCUGCAUUUCAAGAUUCAAGGGAAUUUAAAUUGUUGAAGGUGCUUAUUGACCAUAUGGAAGAGCAAAAUGUUGACGGAUUCACAGAAGCAGUCAAGGAUUAUGACUCGAUUUCCCGACUGGACCAGUGGUAUACAACCAUUCUUCUUCGCAUUAAAAAGCAGGUCAACGACAAUCCCGACUUGCGUUGAGCUUUCUCUACUGCUGCACUCAUCGUGAAGCUUGAUCAAUCCAUACUUUUUCACUUCCCACCAUCCAAAAUAAUGAUAUCAAUUCUUAAUUGCUAGGAAUAUGUACAGAAAAUACAAUGGCUUUGCAUUUACUGAUAGGUAAUUGAUUUUCUAUCGCAUUACUUUAGAAACUCCUUAAGUUUACGACAGGUAUAUUGAAGUUGGCAAUAACAGCUUUUACAUUUGUGAUACGGUGGAUGAUAUAAUUGCAUAAAGCAAGUUUGGUUGUAAUUUAUGAAUGAACCUGCCUAAAUAACCAAGUUAUUGAUGAAUUAAAAUGCUUGAAGUGUAUUUGUUAGUAUACUUUGAAGUAAUUCAGAGGUAUUUCUAAAAGUAUGUAUGUAAUCAAAUGUUUUUCUAAGUUACAUUAUGCUUUAAAGUUGUUGUGACUGAGUAACUCUUGUUAGCAUUUAUUGCAACAGAGUGUUCUUGAAUUCUUCCUGUGUUAAUUUCAUGCAUGAAAGGUGAUGAAUUUGCAAUAUUUGUUAUUGUAACUGGAGUUGUUAUGCACACAAAUCUCACUCAUUUGUAAAUAGCCUAAAGAAAAAUAGAAGUUUUGUAUGAAACAGUAAACUGUGACAAUUCUCAUUAUUGUAAAUGGAUUUAGUCUUACCAUUCUUCUUCAGCUUUUAAGUGAAUGUAUUCACACAUAGCAUCAUACGUCUUCAGUGUGUUUUGAAGUAGAAAUGAGCACUACUGGAAAAUAUAUGGAAGACACUUGAGAAGGAAAACUCCUUAACUUGGAAUUUCUAGGAGACUCUUUAACGUAUAAGAAUUUGAUGCGUUCUACUAUCAACUCUUAUAAACUCGUGUGGCAGACUAAUUCAGUUAUUGUAGUCUUGAGAUUUGAAUGUCAUGUUUUGUAUUGGACAGUUAAGGGGUAUGAGAAAUACAGGGAGAAGAAAACAAACAGGAUUGUUAAGCCCAAUCAGCAUAUCAGCUUAUCUCUGAUAUUCAUUAAAUACAAGUUUUAAAUAAGUUAUUGUGUAAUGCUGAAAUAUGUUAUUUGUGCAUUUUAUAUGCACAAUAUGUAAUUUAGAAAUUGAUGCCGAAGAACAUUUUUUAGAUUACCUAUGAAAUGAUGCAAUAGUCAAAAAUAAAUGUCAGAUUAGGUCAUGAAGUGUAAGAUUGCUUAAUCUGAAAAAAGUUAUUUUUAUUUAAUGUAUUUAAAUUAUUAUUGUACAUGUAAAUUUCUUUUAAAUCUUUGUUAUGUAAAUGAUAUAUUUGCUCUGUGUAUACUGUAAAAUAAUUCUGAACAAUUGUCUUAUCAACAUCUUCUCCUGUGGGAAACUGAAGUGUGGCUUCUUUGAAGUCUCUGUUGGGUGUAUAGUUCCAUGCUGCACUUCAGCAGUUGUGAGGGUAUGUUUUGUUGAAAGUUAUUAAAUGUACAGAAUGCUAGAGAAUUAUCUUAUUAGAAGGAAAUGGAUGAUGUCUUUGUUCUAAUGUACUUUUGUGUUCAUUGUGACAUCUGUGAAGGUAAUAAACAUUGAUUUACACACAGUUUUCCUGGUUACCUUAACAGAACAUCAAAAAAAUUUCAAAAAACAUUGAUUUGUGACAUAGCAUAUUAGUUUUUGGAUAUUUAGUUCAGUAAAUCAGAAUUGGCAAAAACACUUCAAAAGAAACGUAGCUUACUAAAUAAAAAACAUUAAUCCUUCCAAUUAACUAUAAACAAAAUUUGUUACAACUUCACUGUCAUGAGUGUAACUUUCUUCACUUUUAUUAAUUUAAUUUGGCCCACAGUAACAAAAAUAUUUAAAACUUUUUGUAAUUGAACUAGAUUAGAUAAUGUUUUGUGUGUAGUGGCCUUUACUGCAUUUUGCAGGUUUUGUUAUCUUCACUUGCUCAUGAGAACACGAAAUUGUAAAGUUGAUAAAUUUGUUAGAUCUGUAUGUGUAUUUUAAAGAUGUGGGAAGUUCUGGAAUAGUUAUAUAUUAUGUACAUUAAUUGAAUAAUUUGUGUGUUAGAUGCCUUUUAUACGUGUUUUCUUUAAUUUUCUAUGAAGUGCUCUUGAGAAUUUAUAAUUUUUCACCUUGAGCAAUUUAAUCUUUUACAUAAUUUUUUAUGUAUCAGUUGAAACUUUAAAUACUUUUUUCCCUAGUUUCUCUCUUUAUUUUGUUUUGCUUUGCUUUGUGAAGUGUAUAUCCUUUAAAAGACAUAAUUUCAUUGAUAAAUAAAAUGCCUAAUUAUAAGGUGAACUUAGGCAAACUUAAAAUUCCAUCUGUUUGUUCCUUAAUCAGGUGUGUUUAAGUUCAUUUUAUUUGUUUUUUUAAUAAAUAUUGUAUAUAUCUUUUAAGGAUGUAGCAGCAGCAGACAUUCUGACUAGAAAUCUCAUUUUAAAGCAAAAAAAAGAUUUACAGUUGAAAGCAACAAAUGCAUGAUAGCACACCAGUGUAUAUUAAUUUUGUGAUUUAAACCUAAAAAUCCUGUUUACAAAAGUGUCAUUAGACUAUCCUUUAUAUUCUUUCAAUAGUAAAAACUGCUUAAACAUUUUAGGUAUUGAAAUGUAUGGUUGGUGACAUUCCAAUUUUGUUUCAACAUUUAUAAAAUAAUCAAUGACUGAGAUAACCUUAUAAAAUAUUUUUGUUCCUUAUAUUUUUGUACUGGUGACUGACGUGAUCAGUUGAGUUAAAUAUGAUUUUUAUGUUGUAUUUAAUCUUACUUUGAUUAUUUUAUUGCACUUGAAAUGUUCAAUAUAUACAACACAGAUGAUGCUCUUAAUUUGAAGCAUGUGCAUUUGUUAAGAAUUAAAAGUUUUAGCAAAUACAUGUUCUCAAGAUACUAACAUGUCAGGAGAUAUUGUUAGAGCUUGCACCAUUCAUACACUGUGUAAUGUUUUUGUUAAUAUUGUGUUGUAGUUCCUUAUUUAUGAAUAUUUUCCCCCUUUGAGAAAAUGAGCUAAGAUAGGAAACAGAGGGACAUCCGUGUUUCAUUGCAAAGAUUUAUUAACUGCAUCUUAGUUUUGCCUUUGUUAUUUAUUAUUAAUUUUGAUUUUUGUUAAAUACUUGGAUAAUGUCAUUUUCCCUGAACACUUCCAGUUGGGUUUUAACUCAAUCAUUUGAAGACUGUUUUCUCUGCAAAUUUUAUUCUGGGGCAGAUGUCUCAAAGUUUACAUCAUCAAAUGCUUGUUUGAAUAUGAACAACUUUUGCAAACAAAUGCUUUUUAUUCCCUUGGUCAGAAUAGAAUCUUAAAUAGUCGUGUGUUAAAAUAGUUUUGUGAAUAAUCAAAACAAAGUAUUUAAUUUGAUUUGUUCCAAAAAUCUUCAAUCUUUGUUUUAUAUUUGAUUAUGU